AUGCGUCAGUGCGUCAGUGAGAGCGGAGCCAAGUGUCGGCAUGUCAACAGUGUGCGCGCGCCUCUGUCUGCCGCGCACGGGCCCCGGGCGUCUGUCCGCGAGGAGCCGAUGGGCGCAGUGACUGAGGGAGAGGACGUUCUGGCCAGAUGGACCGACGGCCUGCUCUACCUCGGGAACGUCAAGAGAGUGGACGGGCUGAAGCAGUGCUGUCUCGUCCGCUUUGAGGACAACUCUGAGUUCUGGGUCCUGCGUAAAGACAUCCACACCUUCGCAGGAGUGGGGGAGGACACCUGCUGUCUCUGUGAUGGACCAGCUCUCAAAGACCUGCUGGUCACGUGUCUGAAGUGUCGCCACGGGUACCAUGUGACCUGUCACUGCCCCCCCGUGGACCCGGAGGUGGACCAGGACUCGUGGAUCUGCAGACACUGUGUCUUCGCGGUUGCGACUAAGAGGGGCGGGGCCAUGAAGCGUGGUCGUUUUGCCAGACUGAUGCAGUACAUGAAGCUGCGUCUGCCCUAUCAGCUCUCGGCUCUGGACUGGGACCCUCAACAUCUGACCAAUCAGCAGCAGUGUUACUGCUACUGCGCUGGGCCUGGAGAGUGGCAUCUGAAGAUGCUGCAGUGUGCUCGCUGUGGUCAGUGGUUCCAUGAGGCCUGUACCCAGUGUCUGUCCAAACCUCUGCUCUACGGAGACAGGUUUUAUGAGUUUGAGUGUUCGGUUUGUACCAAGGGCCUAGAGACCAUCCAGCGCCUGCCCAUGACCUGGGUGGACCUGGCCCAUCUGGUCCUCUACCACCUGUCCCUGUGCUGCAAGAGGAAGUACUUUGACUUCGACCACGAGAUCCUGUCCUUCGCCAUCGAGAACUGGGAGUCUCUGCUGCUGGGCGCGCUGUCGGACACCCCGAGGCAGGAGCGCUGUCACCACCUGCUGAACGCCCUGAACGAGCACAAGGACAGGUUUGUGUCGGGGAAAGAGAUCAAGAAGAAGAAGUGCCUGUUUGGACUCCAGGUUCGAGCUCCGCCCCCUCUGGCCUCAGACUCCUCCCCCGUCCUCACUGAGGCUCCGGUCAGCAUCGCUCACCGCAAAAGCCCUCUGUCCGUCCCUUGUUCAAAGAGAGUGGGCGCCCUCGAGUACAGGAAGCCUAAGAGACGACUGUCUGAGUCACAGACCUGUCCUGCACCGGUGGACGUUGCCCCCAUAGACUGUCUGCCGUGUUGCCAUGGAUACAUGGGUGGGACCAGUCUCUGCAAUAGGAGGAUGGAUCAGGGGUUCAGCCCGAGCCCUCCGUCCAAACGGAUGAUGUCCUUCUACCACAACUCAACGGCUUACAGCGGCAGCACAGGGAUGUCCAGGACCCACCACUACUACAACAGUGCGGAGGAGGCUCACCGCACACCAGCGCAGUGCCUGCAGUACACGCCCCACAGCGCCCCCCAGUGGCAGCACCAGGCAGCACACACCAACCCCCUCCCGCUGUGUCAGGGGGGGCUGGGAGGGGCCUCUGCGGACGGGGGCGGGACAUGGGGGAGCUCCGAGGCGGUGCGCAUCCUGGCACGCCGGGUCACCCACGACGGCAAAGUGCAGUACCUGGUGGAGUGGGAGAACGUGGGCAUGUACUGA